CAUUAAUUUAAAAUCCUGUCCCAUAAACUCCUUUCCCAAUGUCUUCUAUCUCGUAAGUCGUGACACUCAACAAAAACAAACGUCGUUUCCAGCUCAUAUUCCUAUACACCCAUCCUCCUACUCCUCCCACCCUCACUCACUCUACCUCGUCCGACGCCAAAUUAUCUGCCGACAUUUACCAUUUCCCUCCAAAACACACGUUAAUCGGUGUUAUUCACUUACCCAGUUUUUCUAAUUUAAGCAUUUUCUUAAAGGUGUUAUUAAUGUUUAGUUUAUGAUUCUAAUUUAAGCAUUCUAUUAUCUGGAUUAAAAAUUAAUCAGAAAAAAUGUACAAAAAUACGUUGUCGAUCAUAAUAAUAUUCUUACCGGCGAUUCUCGCCGGCGCCGAUGAGGUGGUGACGUGUUCAGAUAUCGUCCCGAUGCGAACCCGGUACGAUAAGAUAUCGAUAACGGAUUUCGGGGGUGUCGGUGACGGAAAGACGGUGAACAGCAAGGCGUUUAGAGCGGCGAUAUACAGGAUAAAGCGGCUGAGGAGAAGAGGAGGUACGCUGCUGUAUAUACCGCCGGGUGUAUACUUAACUGACCGGUUUAAUUUGACUAGCCGUAUGACACUUUACUUGGCUAGUGGUGCUGUCAUCAAAGCCACUCAGGAUACUUCAAUAUGGCCUCUAGCUGAUCCUUUGCCUUCUUAUGGAAGAGGGAGGGAGCGAGAAGGAGGGAGGUACAUGAGCUUCAUCCUAGGGGAUGGACUCCAUGACGUCAUAAUUACUGGUGAAAAUGGAACAAUUGAUGGUCAAGGAGAUGUUUGGUGGAACUUGUGGAGACGAAAGACUCUUCAAUAUACCAGGCCACAUCUUCUAGAGUUCAUGCAUUCCAAAAACAUUAUUAUUUCUAACGUGAUAUUCAAGAAUUCUCCAUUUUGGAAUAUUCACCCUGUCUAUUGCAGCAAUGUUGUUGUUCGAUUUGUAACUAUUUUGGCUCCAGUUGACUCUCCCAAUACUGAUGGUGUUGAUCCAGAUUCAAGCUCCAAUGUUUGCAUAGAAGACAUGUACAUAUCAAACGGUGAUGAUUUAAUAGCCAUAAAGAGUGGAUGGGAUGAGUACGGAAUUGCCUUUAAUCGCCCUAGCUCCAACAUCACCAUCCGAAGGAUAACCGGAUCAUCAAAAUUCGCUGGCAUUGCUAUCGGUAGUGAGAUGUCUGGUGGUGUAGAGAACGUGUUAGCAGAACAUAUUAACCUUUUCAAUAUCAAAUUCGGCAUACACAUAAAGACCAAUAGUGGAAGAGGCGGGUACAUAAGAAACAUAACAAUCUCCAAUGUAUACAUUGAAAAGGCCCAGAAAGGCAUUAAGAUUGGUGGUGAUGUUGGUGAUCAUCCAGAUGACAAGUUCGAUCCAAACAAUCUCCCCGUUGUUCGGGAUAUCACGUUGAGGAGCAUAUGGGGUAAGGAGAUUCAACAGCCUGGAUUAGUAAAGGGGAUUAAAAACGCCCCGUUUAUUAAUAUCUGUCUUUCUGAUAUCAAUCUUCAAGGCUCACCGAACAAAAGAAUGCAACCUUGGAAUUGUUCUGAUGUUAAAGGAUCUUCUUUAAAGGUAAGUCCUUGGCCUUGCUCUGAACUGAUUAGCUCUCAUGAUGGAUCUUGUUUUACUCAAACUUGAGUUGAUCUACAUGUUUAAUUGUUGUUGUAAUAUUUACAUGUCCUGCUAGUUAAAGGAAGAAAACUUCCUAACAUAUGUUGUUUGUUUGUUUACAAUAAAAUUAUAUUCAUUCUCUAA